AGUUAAGACAUCGUCAGCAUUGCAAAACAGGCGCAUUCAAACAUGAAUUCAAAUAUUAACCAAAGGAAACGUUAAAACUUCUACACUCCAAUCAGUGUUGGAACUCUUACUCAAUCUCAGAACUGGUCUACACUCAGGAAAGUAGCAGAAUAUUGAGUUGAGUAGAGAAUUGGCCUCAAGAAUCCAGGAGAGUUUGGAGUGAUUGAGGACUCUGGUCAAGAUGCUGCCUUGUCCUGGGAGAGAGCUGGUCGGAGUAUUUCUGCUGAUCUUGGUUUUCGGGGAGAUGCGGCCAGUGAACUGCGUGGCUUUCAAAAACUGUGUGGGUGACUUGACAAAAAGCUCCUUUACCUGUACAGACAACGACAUCUCACACCUGGAGGACGCUGUUUCCGACCUUCCUGCCAACGUCAGGAUCCUUAAUGUCUCCUUCAACAAGAUCAGAAUUCUACCUCCGAGAGGACUGGAAAACCUAAAACAGCUGGAAUGUCUGAGGCUGGACUAUAAUCACCUGGUCACCAUCCAUUCCUGGGCGUUCUGGAAACUCAGUAACCUCCAGCUACUAAACUUGUCCUGUAACCAGUUGGAGACUCUCAGCCAAGGCAUCUUUAAAUUCCUGAUCAACCUGACCAACUUAAUCCUUAAAAGCAACAAGCUGACGGCUGCCUCUGGAGAAAGUGUCUUUCCGUUGAAGAGGCUGUGUGUCCUGGAUAUUUCUUUCAACAAUUUACACAAUGUUUCCUCUUUCUUCGCAGCUCUGACCAAUUGUUCUAGUCUCAGGACUCUUAAUGCUCAAAGCACCAACAUCAGCUCUUUACAAAUCUCCUCGCAAUUCCCCCCAAAUUUGACUCAUCUGCUUCUAGCCGGAAACCCCAUCUCCAAACUGCAGGGACCCCCGGCUUUCUUUGCUAACAUUGUUCACUUGGAUCUGUCCGACAAUAACCUAUCGAGGCCCGAGGAGUUGACUUCACUGAACCUCACCAGCCUUCGCUUCCUGAACAUCGAAGGGAACCCCUUGAAGAAGGAUGGGAUUCUCAGCAUUAUCCAACAUGUGAAUGCUCCACUGAAAGACAUUACCCUGUCGCACCUGGGCCUGGAGGCCAGGGCAAUAUUGAGGAGGCUGUGCGGGGCCAUUCAGCAAAAGGGCAUUCAGGGCUUACAGCUGGUGGGCAAUGGGCUUCAGGUGGUAAGUGAAGCCUUCGAUGACUGUCGUGAUGUUGUGUCUUUGGAUUUGUCCUACAAUCGGAUCAAAAAGCCGGACAUUUUUGGCUCUUCGGUUGUCCCUAGCAACCUGCGAACGUUAAACCUCGACCAUAAUGCGAUUCGAUACAUCUGCUUAUGCGGUUUGGGGCAAAAUGUAAAAGAUGACAGAGGUACUCCAUGCCUUCAGAAACUAGAGUAUCUGUCCUUCAAAUCCAAUCACAUCUCCGCCAUUAGAUCGCAUGCAUUCUACCAUCUUAAAAACUUGGUUUAUCUUUCCUUAGCUCUGAAUGAAAUUAAUUUCAUAAACACUACUGCCUUUGUGGGUCUAUCCAACUUAAGGUUACUGUCACUCACUAAUAACGCCAUAGGAGAGAUUUUUCACAAAACCUUCACUCACCUCACAAAUCUGCAGGUCUUAAAGCUCAGGAACAAUAGGAUUCCCAUUGUCUACAACAUAACCUAUUCCAGCCUCUCCAAUCUCACCACGCUGGACUUGGGAGGGAACCACAUCCAGAUGAUUGAAACGGGAGGUUUUAAAGGGCUCAAGUCUUUGAAAAAUCUUUAUUUGGACAGAAACUGGUUGUCACAAAUUAAUCCAAAAAUGUUUGAGGAUCUCAAAUUGUUAAAAGUAUUGGACCUUGCCAACAAUAAGUUAUCUUUCCAAGUCGCCCACUUAAAAUUUCCCCCAUUCAUUAAACUUCACACUCUCCAAAUGUUGAAAUUACAAUCUCAGGAACCAUCUGGCCUUAAAAUGUUACCUCACAAUCUGUUCGAUGGGCUUUGGAAGCUAAAGAGACUUGAUAUCUCCAACAACAAGUUUAUAAAUCUCAAUACUCUGCCCUUUCACCAGCUCACUAGUCUAGAGCAGUUGCACAUGAGUGAUAUCUGUAAUGGGUUCCAGACCAUGCAUAACUUGACUUUCGCCAACCUCGUCAACCUUCAACUUCUGUCUCUGAAGAAUGUCGGGUUGGAAUCCAUCAGAAAGAUCCUCUUUCAAAAUCUGACCAGCCUCACCACCCUGGAAUUGCAGAGCAACAUGAUCCGUGUCAUCAAAGAGAAGGACAUUCCCUCAUUGCACAGCCUGAGCUUUCUGGACCUGAACCUUAACCCGAUCUCUUGUGUUUGUGAUAAUUUGUGGUUUCAGCGAUGGUCAAUUAGCUCUAGUGUCCAGGUGGCUUCCUUCUACAAGUAUCGCUGUGAGGACCGUGGGGUUGAGAAAACAAAGUUCCUUGCAGAGUUUGACAGUUCAGUCUGCAAUGAUGGCUUUGUGGUGUUUUGUGUGACUGCCCCAGUUUUGUUUGUUUUCAUGGCCGCUGUUGUGAUCUACCAGAAAGGAAAGUGGAACUUCUAUUAUGGAUACUAUUUGAUCCGGGCUUGGAUUCACGAAAACAAACUCCAAAGGAAUCGUACCAGAAGUUACAAAUAUGAUGCUUUUGUAUCCUACAACUCAAAGGAUGAAGCUUGGGUAUUCGACCAACUGAUGCACAACCUGGAGAAUAAGGGGCCUCCAUAUCAUCACCUCUGCUUCCAUCACCGGGAUUUUGAAGUGGGUAAACCCAUUGUGGAAAACAUUGUUGAUGCUAUCUACAAGAGCAGGAAGACAAUUUGUAUCAUCUCCAAGAAUUACCUUCAGAGCGAAUGGUGUUCCAUGGAGAUGCAGGUGGCCUUGUACAGACUCUUCGACGAACACAAUGAUGUCCUCAUCCUGGUUUUCCUCAAUGAGAUCCCUGGCCAUGUGCUCUCUUCUUACCAUCACCUAUGUAAGCUGGUGAGGAAGAAAACCUACAUUAACUGGCCUGCUGAUGAGACUGGGCAGAAGCUCUUUUGGACCAAGUUAAGUGAUGCUCUCAAGAAAGCUCCCCUAGCUUCUGAAGAAACGAUUCAUCAACUUACCCAACAUACAAUCUAAUUCUAUGAAAUGACCCAUGCACUUUCAGGGAGGAACAUGAUACCAACAUUUCAGUUACUGUGGUGCUGGCCCAAAGGUUUAAUCACUGACAUUUCACUUCUAGGAUCUGAAUUUAGGAACAAGAGGAGGUCAUCCAGCCUCUCAAACCCUCUCCUCCAUUCAAUUAAAUCAUACCUCAACUCCAUUCAUCUGCCUUUGCCCUAAACCCUUCAUACUUUUACCAACAAAACCUUACCGAUCUUAACUACGGUAAUUUCAAUUGACACCAAGAAUCUACAAUUAUCUGGGGGACAGAGUUUCAGAUUUGUGUGACAAUGUGCUCCCGUUUUAUUCCAAAUGGUCUAGUUCUGAUGUAAUUACCCUGUGACAUGUUUGCGCGCUCAGUUCCAAUUUAAACAUAUAUGUAGGAAUUCAAAAGGGAAGAGACUGACAGAAAUGCAUACGGAGACAGUUUUUAAUAUGUUAUUGAUAUAUAUUGUAUAUUUGUUCAAAGUGGUUGGGACUGAGUUAUUACAGAUUUAUUGCUCUUGAUGUCUCAAUAUCAUGAACUUUCCAUAUUGUGACUAAUGUUACAAUCUAUACGUCUUUUUGUUUUCUGCGUAUCACAUAAACCUUGUAACCUUCUCAUUUCUGUUUUUUUUUAAUGAAACAUAUUUCUGUUUCGCU